AUGCUGCUAGGCGCUGACGCCUCUCAAGGCUCUGGUCCAGACCAAGAACAGCUUCUCGUAGAGACGUGGCCUAAUGAGUGGCAAUGCAUUCACCUCCAACCCGGAGGUGUCCUACAAACCCGUUUCGGUGCUUUUUUCCACGACGACUUUCGGGGAAAGCGGCAAGCAGGCGACUACUGGUACGCUCGUCGUUCGCGUCGACCCGGUGCCUUUCUACGCACGUUGCCCUUUCGCUUCCGAACGACUGUGCCGAACGUCACAAACAGACGCACGCAAGUCAUUUACGCACCGGACGUAGCCUGUCUGCUCGCACGACUUGAGCUGGAGCCUGGCGCUGUCGUCGUCGAGGCCGGAACUGGAAGCGGAGCCUUGACCUGGGCGCUGGCGGUAUCGGUUGCUCCGAACGGACGCGUGCACACCUACGAGUGCCAUGAGGAUCGUUUCCGUGCAGCUCGGGUGGAACUAACACAACAACUUGGGCACGUUUGGCAACCCUGCUGGACGCAACGUUCCUGGACACCCGCGCACCUGCUCUACUGUUAUCACCAGGAUGUGCGCGUGCAACCGUUCUACAGAACGGAUAAAGCGGCUGCAACCGAUACACGACCGUUGCCGGCCUCAGUGCAGGCCGUGGUGCUCGACAUGCCAGAGCCACACCUCGUGGUCGAGCAAGCAGCGGUUGUGCUGCAACCAGGUCUCGGUGUUUUGGCAGCUUUCUUGCCCAGUGUUGAACAAGUCUGGCGACUACGAAAGGCACUGGGACAGAGCGCCUGUUUCUAUGAUAUCCAGGUGUUGUCGAAUGUGAGCUGCGUCUGGCAAUCGAUGCGUCCAGUUCAGCCGCAGGGGUCCCGCAUGCCAACGAAAAGCGUCUGGUCCCGCGUCUCGCAACGUUUCCAGCCGAACGGUGCACACACGGGGUAUAUUGUGGUUGCACGACGCCAAGCUCGGUUGCUGGACGGAGAGUCGUUGCUUUCAACGUUGGUCGUAGCGGAAAACAAGCGCGCACGACGUACCUGA